AUGCCUGUGCAGGGUAAACCACAAAUCCCGAUCCCAUAUUGGCAGAUGCCUCCCCCGAAAGUCCCAGCCAGUAGACCUAUUAGCAAGCAGGAAUAUUGCGCUAUUUGUGAAUUGAAACAAUUAGUCGACAAAAUUGGGCAAAAUUUAUGUUCAGAUAGUUGCAUCAGUUGCAACAAAGAAGGAAAGGGAAACAUGAGACCAUCUACAGCUGGAUCAACGAAGCAAUGUCCACCACCUCCAAGAGCACCUUGUGGAGAUUCUCCAAUGGUAACCCAACAACAGCAACAUAAUAUAAUACCUUGCGUACCGACGCAGCAACCGAAACAACCUUCUCUUCCCUGUGGCAAUCCGAUGCAAACUUACCAGUGGCCUAACUAUUCCCACGGUUUGGUAUGUCCACCCCAAGAACUACUCGCCGAUAACUAUUAUCAUAAUCGUCAGCAUCCUUAUUUGCCUGUUAAAAUUGACACUCUCAACGAAGAUACCACAAAAAGAGGUACCAAAUUACACAGAUCCAAGUCAGCGAAUGUUAUCGUCAAGAGGACUCCUGAACUGAGGUCUAGUAUUUUAGUAGGAUGCGAGUGUACCAAGAAGAAUGGGCUACAAGAUACUUGUCCUAGGCUGAUAUGCAAAGACAUGCCAAGAUUGGGUACGAUUGACAAUCCCUCACAAGUACCUUGCAAAGACGCUCGUUGCAAGCCGCCAAGAGAAAGCAUCGUCGAGGAAGAUGAAGAAGAAUGUCCGCACAAACCUCAGCCUACGGGUCAAUGUAAACCAGCCGAACCACCCAAAGCAGAGAUCGAGGUGCCAGUCAAGACUGUACCGGAAUGUAAACCUGAAUGCACAUAUCCCUGUAAAGACGAGAAGUAG